CCCACCCUUUGGACCCUCCUCGCUUCCCGUCCGCCUGAGGGGAGCGAGCCGCAGCCUCUCCCGGAGGAGGCGUUGGCGGGGCGCGAGCGCUGAGGCAGCACGCGAGCCGCUUCCUCCUCCUCCUCCUCCCUAAGAUGGCGGCAGACUCCGCGGAGCAGUUCUGCGUGGCCGAGGAGCGGAGCGGGCACUGCGCCGUGGUGGACGGCAACUUUCUCUACGUGUGGGGGGGAUACGUGUCGAUAGAAGAAAAUGAAGUGUAUUUGCCUAAUGAUGAGCUCUGGAUCUACGAAAUGGAUAGCGGGUUAUGGACAAUGCACCUAAUGGAAGGAGAAUUACCUACCUCCAUGUCAGGAAGCUGUGGAGCGAGCAUUAAUGGGAAGCUGUACAUUUUUGGUGGAUUUGAUGAUAAAGGGUACAGUAAUCGGCUGUAUUAUGUUAAUUUGCGGACAAAAAAUGGAACCUAUAGGUGGAAGAAAAUCACCAAUUUUAAAGGUCAACCUCCUACACCACGUGACAAGCUUUCCUGCUGGGUGUACAAGGACAGGCUAAUAUAUUUUGGGGGCUAUGGCUGCAGGAAGCACAAUGAGCUGAGUGAUUGCUUUGAUGUCCAUGAUGCAUUUUGGGAAGGACAGAUUUUCUGGGGAUGGCAUAAUGAUGUUCACGUUUUUGAUACAAACACACAGACUUGGUCUCAACCUGCAAUUAGAGGUGGAGAUCCACCUCAGCCUCGAGCAGCCCAUACUUGUGCUGUACUGGGAAAUAAAGGAUACAUCUUCGGAGGACGAGUGUUGCAAACAAGAAUGAAUGAUUUGCACUGCCUGAAUUUGGACACUUGGACCUGGUCUGGAAGAAUCAGUAUCAGUGGAGAGAAACCAAAGGAUCGAUCAUGGCACACCCUUACUCCAAUAGGAGAUGACAGACUCUUUCUUUUUGGUGGACUGAGUUCAGAUAAUGUUCCUUUAAGUGAUGGCUGGAUUCAUAGCAUUACAACAAAUGGAUGGAAACAGCUUACUCAUCUGCCUAAGAGUAGGCCCAGACUGUGGCAUACAGCCUGCCUUGGAAAAGAAGGAGAGGUGAUGGUGUUUGGUGGAAGCAAAGAUGACUUGCACUUCAUGGACACGGGUCACUGCAGUGACUUGUUGAUAUUUCAGACACAACCUUACUCACUUCUCAGGUUGUGCCUCGACUGCAUUGGUAAGAACGCAGCCCUGCUGAACAAUCAGAUCCCUUGUUUGCCAUCCAAACUGCUGCAGCAGGUGCUGAAGAAAAUAACCUUCUGGGCUGCAGUGAACCACCGGCAGGAGAAGAAGGCGGAGACGGAGCGGCAGUGCCAGCUGAGCACCACAUGAGCAGCACACAAAGGCUGCUGAACACUUGGGUUUCUUCACAGCGUACAGCAACCUCUUUGUUAGUGAACUUUCCUAACGCUGCACAAUGUUCAGCUGAGUUUCUAAAUGAAGUUUGAGAACGAGGAAAUCCUUUUCAUGGGAAACACUUUGUUUUCUGCGCCAUAGGAAGCGGAGGACGUUUAAUUUGUACGUAUUGUUACCUUGUUGUGCUCUGAACGAGGCAGCCCGCCCAGCCUGUUCUUUGGGAAGGUGACGCUCCAUCACGUGGCUUUGGCCAAUGUUGGUUGGUUGAGAUGAAGAACCUUGAACCUUCCUGCAGCCUUAUGGCCUUCAGAACAGUGCAGCGCUGCCCUUGGGAAGCCACAGUGUCACUGUAAGGCCAGCACAGCACACAGGGAUGGAGCACGGCCUGAAGGGAACCGAGUCCUUUGGGAAACGGGCUGUACGUUGUAUCUGGGACUGUAACGUUUCUAUUUAAUUGUCGUUGGAAAUAACGUUUAUUUAUUGAAGAAGAGCGGCUGUAGCGCUCGCUGUUUUUCUGUUCCGGACCCCAGUUCCCAGGAGCGCAGUCAUUAAAGUUUUGUAGAGUUGAACAGCGA